GCCACACUCCAUUCCUAAUUCUCGACCUAACCGCCUGCUCUACGCAAACACAAGCCUCAAACGUUUUCCACCGUUUUCCGCUACCGUUGUCGCCGGCGAUCGCAUGGCCAGCUCAGGAUCAAGUGCCUCUGUUUUAGGUACUUUUGAUUGUACUGAGAAUGGUGGAACGAUCGAGUGUGUUAGCCCUAAAUAUGCAGAAAUAAUCGUAAUUCGUCACGGCGAAACGGAGUGGAAUUCUGAUCGCAGAAUCCAGGGGCACCUGGAUGUGGACUUAAAUGAUGUUGGGCGACAGCAAGCCUUUGCAGUCGCUGACCGGAUUUCAAAAGAGCCCAAAAUCUCUGCAGUAUAUUCAUCAGACUUAAAACGAGCAUUUUGUACUGCCGAGAUAAUAGCAAAAGGCUGUGGGGUAAUUGAGGUUGCUAAAGAAGCUGACUUGAGGGAGAGACAUCUUGGAGACCUUCAAGGUGUUGUCUUUCAUGAAGCUCACAAAGUCAAACCAGAAGCUCAUAAAGCAUUCGUUUCUUCCCACGAAGAUCAAGAAAUUCCAGGUGGUGGAGAGAGUUUCAAUCAACUUUACAAACGUAGCACUUUGGCUUUGCAAAGGAUAGCGAAGAAACACCAAGGCGAGAGAGUGGUUGUAGUGUCACACGGGGGUACCAUCAGAGCACUUCACAAACGGGCUUCUCCGCAUCAGCGAUGUGGGAAGGUUCUCAACACUUCCGUCAACAUAUUUCACCUCUCCGAGGAUGGGAAAUGGUGCGUUAAGUCAUGGGGUGACGUGAGUCACCUCAACCAGACCAGCUUUCUGGAUUCGGGCUUUGGCGGAGAUCGGAACUCUGGCUAAAGUACUGUAUUUCUCAUAGUGAGGGAGAGGGAGAGACUGAGCCAUACUAUUAUUUUUUGUCAAAACAUUAUCUGUCCAAUGACUUUCCGUAAUUUUUUGGACAAUCUACAAUAAAAAAACAUGCACCUCUUAUUUUUCUUGAUCUGAGAAAAUUUGAACAAUGUGAAUUUUGAUCCUA